AUGGCACAGACAUCCAAGAUCAGAAUAUCUAUCGACCGGGGCGGCACAUUUACUGAUGUGCAUGCUUCAAUACCUGGGAAGCCAGAUAUCAUAUUGAAAUUGUUGUCGGUAGAUCCUUCGAAUUAUCAGGAUGCGCCAACGGAAGGGAUUCGACGAGUUUUGGAACUGGCCACAGGAGAAUCGUUCCCCAGAGGCAAGCCCCUUAGAAUGACCCAUAUCGAUAGACUUCGGAUGGGUACGACGGUAGCAACAAAUGCCCUGUUGGAGAGAAAGGGCUCAAAAUCUGCUUUGAUAACCACGAAAGGCUUCAAAGACUUGCUACUGAUUGGCAAUCAAUCAAGACCCAAGAUUUUCGACCUGUCAGCUCGCAAGCCGGAAGUGCUCUAUGAAAAGGUUGUCGAGCUCAAUGAGCGAAUCAUCCCUUGCCCACAAAACAGCCAAAGCCACAGAUAUCCUGAGUGUCGCUUAGUAGAGGGUACGACAGGUGAAAAGUUUCGCAUCCUUCAAGAGCUUGAUAACGAAGAGGUAUCAAUGAACCUGAAGAUGCUCUGGCAAGAUGGGUACAGGUCAAUUGCUGUAGCAUUGCUACACUCCUAUGCAUACCCAGACCACGAACUGAGGAUAGGCCGACUUGCACUGUCGAUGGGGUUCUCAGUCGCUCUAUCUUCAACCCUACAACCCAUGAUCAAAGUGGUUCCUCGAGGCAUGUCAGCUUCUGCCGAUGCUUAUUUGACACCAGUCAUCAAAAGCUACAUCGACUCCAUCAAUUCAAACUUCGAAGGUGGUCUUGAAAAUUCUCAUGGUUGCCGCUUUGAAUUCAUGCAAUCUGAUGGAGGACUUGUUGAUUUCCGAAGUUUCAGUGGUCUCAAAGCCAUCCUUUCAGGUCCGGCGGCAGGAGUUGUAGGCUUCGCUGCCACAAGCUGGGAUGAGCACGAGCAAGUUCCCGUAAUCGGCUUUGAUAUGGGCGGCACUUCAACGGACGUGUGUCGAUUCGACGGGAACUUUGAGCACGUGUUUGGUGCAACUAUUGCCGGCGUUUCCAUACAAUCACCACAGCUCGAUAUAAACACCGUCGCCGCAGGUGGAGGAUCGAUCCUCUCAUGGAAGAACGGCCUCUUCUUAGUUGGUCCAGAGUCAGCAUCUGCUCACCCGGGCCCUGCUUGUUAUCGCAAGGGCGGACCGCUUACAGUCACCGACGCAAAUCUGUUCCUCGGUAGACUGCUGCCAGAGUAUUUUCCUAAGAUAUUUGGACCGAACGAGGACCAGCCAUUGGACCGAGAAAUCACUACACAGAAGUUCCAUGAACUUACAGAGUCGAUCAACAAGGAACAGAUUGAGAAGGGGAGAGCUGCAUUCACACCCGAAGAAGUUGCCCUGGGAUUUUUAAAGGUCGCAGAUGAGUCCAUGGCUCGGCCAGUUCGCAACUUGACUGAGGCCCGUGGAUUCGAGACCUCGUCUCAUCAUCUCGCCUCGUUCGGCGGUGCUGGUGGACAACAUGCAUGUUCUGUCGCCGCGACACUUGGUAUCUCGCGCAUCAUCAUACACAAAUACUCGUCUGUGCUUUCUGCUUAUGGUUUGGCAUUGGCCGAUGUGGUCAAGGAAGCUCAAGAACCAGUCUCUACCGAGUAUCUCGCAUCUCAAUCACAACUUCGCAAGAAGUUCGAAGGUAUAAUUACGCGGUCAACUUCAGACUUGAUGUCGCAAGGCUUCCAGCUUGAUCGGAUUCGGCACCAACUCUACCUCAAUAUGCGGUACGAAGGGUCUGACACGAACCUGAUGAUCCUCAAGCCGGAUACCAGUUGGGAUUUUGCCACAGAAUUUCGAGAGAGACACCGCAGAGAGUUUGGGUUUACCUUUGAGAAGCCUUUGCUUGUCGACGACGUCCGGGUUAGGUCUAUCGCCUCGUCCAACAACCACGCCGAGCAGAGUCCUAAAGCCCAAUUGAAAGCCCAACCCAUCAGGGACAUGCAACAACCACCCAAAGAGGUGGCAAAGGUGUAUUUCGAAACCACUGGACACAUUGACACUCCAGUCCACUUGUUGAAGAGUAUCGACAAGUACACCCGCAUCCAAGGACCAGCCAUCAUCAUCGACGAAACACAAACAAUUGUAGUCGCACCAGAUACGGUGGCAAAUGUUCUCGAAACCUGCAUAGUCCUGGAUUUGAAGGACGAGAAGCCAUCAUCUCCACAUUUUCCCUCCCCUACCGCUUCAUUAUCGACCGAACAGAUUGCCAUCGAUCCGGUACGCCUGUCAAUAUUUGGACACCGCUUCAUGUCCAUCGCCGAACAAAUGGGCCGCACACUCCAGAAGACAUCGGUUUCAACCAACAUCAAAGAACGUCUCGAUUUCUCAUGUGCGCUCUUCUCGCCCGACGGCGGCCUCGUGGCCAACGCACCACACGUGCCCGUCCACCUGGGAUCCAUGCAAUUCGCGGUACGAUACCAACACAACAGAUGGCUCGGACAACUGAAAGACGGCGACGUCCUCGUCUCCAACCACCCCAGCUGCGGCGGGACCCAUCUCCCCGACAUCACGGUGAUCACGCCCGUGUUCGACCGCCCCGGCGGAUCCGAGAUUGUCUUUUACGUGGCGUCGCGCGGGCACCACGCAGACAUUGGCGGCCUGCUACCGGGAUCGAUGCCGCCCAAGUCGACGGAACUCUGGCAAGAAGGCGCGGCCAUCGAGUCAGACAAGAUCGUGAACAAUGGCGUCUUCGACGAGGCCAGGAUGACGGAACUCCUCCUCCACGAGCCGGCCAAGUACGAAGGGUGUUCCGGCACACGGUGCCUCGCCGACAACCUGUCGGACCUCAAGGCACAGAUCGCGGCCAACACGCGCGGGAUCCAGCUCAUCCAGAAACUGAUAGCUGAGUACGGGCUCUCGUGCGUCCAAGCGUACAUGUACGCGAUCCAGAGCACAGCCGAGGUCGCGGUGCGCAACCUGCUCCGCGAACUGCACUCUUGUUUCGGCGGCCGUCCUCUCGAAGCGGUCGACUACAUGGACGACGGAACGCCCAUACGUCUGCGCAUCACCAUCGACGCGGCGUCGGGGUCGGCCACGUUCGACUUCGCGGGCACCGGGGCCGAGGUGUACGGCAACACGAACGCGCCCGUGGCCAUCACGCAUUCGGCCAUCAUCUACUGUCUGCGGUGCAUGAUCGACUCGGACAUCCCGCUGAACCAGGGCUGCCUGGCGCCCAUCCGUAUCCAGAUCCCUCCGCGCUCGCUGCUCUCGCCGUCGCGCACGGCGGCCGUGGUCGGCGGCAACGUGCUCACGUCGCAGCGCAUCACGGACGUCGUGCUCAAGGCGUUCCGGGCGUGUGCGGCAUCACAGGGGGACACGAACAACCUCACUUUCGGCACUGGGGGCAAGUCAGAGGAGGACGGGUCGCACGUCGACGGGUUCGGGUACUACGAGACGAUUGCGGGCGGGAGCGGCGCGGGACCGAGCUGGUCCGGCCAGAGCGGCGUGCACACACACAUGACCAACACGUGCAUCACAGACCCGGAGAUUCUGGAGAAGAGGUACCCCUGCGUGCUACGCCAGUUUACUCUGCGCGAGGGAUCCGGCGGUGUCGGUGCACGGCCUGGAGGGGACGGCGUGGUGAGGGAGAUUGAGUUUCUCGAGCCGGUGCAGUGUUCGAUCUUGAGUGAGAGGAGGGUCCAUAGGCCGUAUGGUAUGGAAGGGGGAGGCAAGGGCCAGGAAGGACUGAACCUGUGGGUCACAAAGGAUGACGAGACGGGCCAAGAGAGGAGAGUCAAUCUCGGUGGGAAGAACACGGUCAAGGUGAAGAGAGGAGACAGGGUCGUGAUCAUGACACCUGGUGGUGGUGCUUGGGGAGCGAAGGAGGAAUAG